AUGGUGUUCAUUGUGAGUUUUUCAUUUAUGGCCUUCAUUAUGUUGAGAAGCCGGCACAGCCGCCUCACACCAGAACAUGAUGGCUGCAGGGGCUUAGAUCAAAAGGCGGACUACCAAGAGGCCUCCAACUUGGAACAGUUUGUAACUCGAUUUUUAUUGAAGGAGACCUUGAAUCAGCUGCAGUCUCUCCAGAAUUCUCUGGAAUGUGCCAUGGAAACUACGGAGGAGCAAACCCGUCAAGAAAGGCAAGGGCCGACCAAGCCGGAAGUCCUGUUGAUCCAGUGGCCUGGAAAGCGGUCAAGUCGCCGAGUCCAGAGACACAACAGCUUCUCCCCCAAAAGCCCCCAGUUUAGUGCCUGCGGUUCAGGCUCAUUAGAAGAAGACAACCAGUGGAUGACCCAGAUCAAUAGACUCCAGAAAUUAAUUGAUCGACUGGAAAAGAAGGAUCUCAAACUUGAACCACGGGAAGAAGAAGUUAUUGAAGGGAAUACUAAAUCUCACAUCAUGCUGGUGCAGCGGCAGAUGUCUGUGAUCGAGGAGGACCUGGAGGAAUUCCAGCUUGCCCUGAAGCACUAUGUAGAGAGCGCUUCCUCCCAGAGCGGCUGUCUGCGCAUUUCCAUACAGAAGCUUUCCAAUGAAGCUCGCUACAUGAUUUAUGAGUUUUGGGAGAACAGUAGUGUGUGGAAUAGCCACCUUCAGACGAACUAUAGCAAGACAUUCCAAAGAAGUAAUGUGGAUUUCUUGGAAACUCCAGAACUCACGUCUACUAUGCUAGUUCCUGACAGAGUACUCUGGAGGUGGAACUUAAAAGCUUCAUGGUGGAUCCUGAACAACUAGAUGCUCCCAGACAUGUUCCAUAUGGUUCCAAGUGCAAAACAAGUAUUCUUAUCUAAAAUGUGAAUUAGAAAAUUCUCUGUGGUUACUAAUCUACACUAUACUUUUGUUUAAUAUAGUUAGGAAGUGCACUCUUCUAAAAUGUCUCCUAGAUCUUUCAUGUGAAUUUUAGCUAAAUUUAUGAAGUCUGUUUUGCUACAUUGUACCCUAAAACCCUUUAGUGGCAAAAUCCUAAUAUGUGAAACAAGUAUAUGCACAAAGGAACAAAAUUGUGAAAAAGAAAUGAUAAAAUAAUCAAAGUGGGAAUUUUUAAAGUAUUACUUCAUAGGAUAGCUUCUGUGGACUUGUCAUUAGCUAUAAAGGUUAAGUCAAUGUUUUGUCAUUUUUAAGUAACUGAUUUUCUGCGAAUGAAGCUUUAUAUUCUGCAGUAAUGCUCACUGUAUUUGCAACUCAUGAUCUUAUGAAUAUUCACUUUACUGAAAAAGCUAAUCCAUGAUCCAUAAUGAUGUCCUUAUGUGCAGAGAGAAAAGGCCACAGGAAGACACCGUAAGAAGGUGCCUACAGCAAACCAAGGAGAGGCCUCAAAGAAAUCAACCCUGCUAGCACCGUGGUCUUGGACUUCUGCUCUAGAACUGUGAGAAAAUGCCUUUCUGUUAUUUAAAAAAAAAAUUAAUACAUGAGCUUACAACAAUCUUGGCUACAAUCUACAGACUAUAUACUUGUCAUGGUUUUUUGCAAGUGAUAACAAUUCUGUGAUAGUUAUGGCACUAUUUAGUAAUAUUAACACCAUUAUAUCAUUUAUUAGCAUCAUAAUUCCUUGUAAGUUCAACAAAUCAAGAAAAGAGGAGAGUCUUAGUUUGAGAAAAUCAGGUUCAAAUUUUUUGGCAUAUGAUUCAGAGGACUAAUUUUCUUAUAAAGAAAGACAUUUGCACUUUCAAAAUAUUUAAAAAACAAAAUUUUAAUCUAAGUGAACAAGGAAAAAUAUAAAUUAGGGAAUAAAAUGUGGAAGGUAUUGGACAGAAAACAUUUCCCAGUUUCAACACUAGAAUGACAAUUCUAAUUUCAGUAGCACAUUAACCUUGUACCUAAUAUACUCUUCUGUAUAAGGUCAGAUAUUACAUAUUGUUAGAAUCUAUCCUGAUAAAUGCUGCUAGUGAAAAUGCAGUACAUACAGGAGUUUGUUCCCAUGUUAUUCUCUAAUCCAAAUUCCUUUGAAACCACAGGUCUUCAAGGAAAAAACUAUAAUUUUCUUUUUUUUUUCUGUUAGAAAACUCAGAAGAUUGAACUAAAUUUUAUUUUUUAAAUAUAAAAUUUGACCAAAAAUAUUUUCUCAAACUUUGUGUACCCUCCAUUCUCACUCUAAAUAUUUUUUCAUAGCUUUUACUAGACAAGGGCAGUAAAUUUUGACAUAUAUACACGUACACAGACACAAAUGUUGUGUGUGCAUGUGUAUAUAUGUGUGUAUGUCUCUGGUCAUUUCUAAAGAUGACAAACACUGAAACAACACCUGGCUCAACUCUUUUAAUUUAUAUACAAAGCAGAGAACAUUAAUGGAGAUGUACACUGAUUAUUCAAACAAACUAUACAUAUGUACAAAGGCAAACAGGUAAUAGCACAGUCUUUGCGGUCUCACUCUGAUUAUAUACAGUGACUUCUGACAUACUCUUCUUGAAAAGGCUGGUUAUAAAUGGUUUCAAAAAAAUACAAAUUAUAGCCAAUAAAAAGAUAGUAUUAGAUUCAGAAAGUACCUCAGUCUUCUGUCUUCUGAGUAUGAGGCAGUUUCUAAAGUACUGGUGGUAUGACUUCAGAAAGGUCUCUGCCUUUAGUAACAGUGCUGAGCAGAAUGCCUGUUAAGAUCCCAAACUAGAAUAGUUUCUAUCAUAGUUUUUUUAACUAGAGUCAAAAACAACUUGAGAAUAGGUAAGUAAUAAAGCAAACCAAUUUUGUUAUGUGGUAAUACUGAUCCCAGCUCUUACACACAUUACACAUAAACUUUUAUGUGUGUGAGAAUAGACAAUGUAUACAUAUAGAAUGGGAAAAUAGGACAGAAAAUAAAUGAAAAAUCUGGGCCCUAGGUAUAAAUGUAUCACUUUUAAUUAACCCAUAAAUUUAUGGUGGUUUUUUCCUUUUAAAAAAUCUUUUUCUGGGGAACAAAGGAAUGAAAACUAGUGUAGUAAAAGACCAAGAUAGGAAGCUUCCCAUGGACUAAAAGCUUAAAUCUAGGUAAUAAGCCCAAAGACCGGUGAGGAGAAAGGUACUGGUUUUAGGAGUUCAGAAUUCAGCUUAAGGUAAACUUUCUGCCAAAUGAUGGUCUUGAAUGCCUUCCCAGCAGACCUGGGGAUCUGACAAAAUAAAAGUAGGGAAAGUUUACACUUACCUUUACAUCAGCAAAUUUUUUUUUUUUUACAAAAUGCAGGAAUUUAUUAUAUAAAAUUUCUAGGAGCUAAAAGUUUAAAUCCCCAAAUUCUUCAUCCAUUUGUGUUUUUGUUACAAGAAAUUUCGAAUUAAAACUUAAUGUGCCUCAAUUAUUUGCAAAUGCCUACAUUUUUCCUUUUGGAAAUAAUAUCAGUUUCAUUUUGGAAUUUGCCCAACUUCUUCUGUUCAUGUAGUCUGAUUAGAGAAAACCAGUAGCAGCUAUGUUUCACGGUUUCCAAAUUGUCAAACAAUGUUAUCAAAAAACUAGAGACCAAAGAACUGCCUGUUAAAACAUUGUUUUCUGUCAUGGAUAACUAUGCAUUGAACAUCCUGAAUCAUUCUAAGCCUCUGGAGAGAUUGUAAAGCUCCUUUCAAAGUGCUGGAAUGAAAUCAGUGGCAAUCAGAACAAAAGCAACUUUUUAAAAGCAACAAGAAAUUAUGUACCAUAUAUACAUCAUAGCAAAUACUUUAUAUUUGAGAAUCUUUACAGCUUACAUUUCCAGUCCAUUAUUACAAGAGAUGAAAAACAAAAAAAAAACUGCAAGUAGCAUGCAAAUUAUAAAUACAGUCUUCC